AGGGAAAAAAAGAAGUGGGUAAACAUUUUGGAUGCAUGACGACAGUUUUUGCUGCCGUCGAGCCAAAGCUUGAAGAAGUAAAACUCUUUAUAUUUCACUAUGCAAAUAUCACAUCUCAGGGGUGCCAGAGCAGGAUCUUUAAAGAGGAGCUUUGGUGAGAAUUCAACGAUUCAUUAAUCAUUGUCACAGCUGUCCCCUUUGUUAACUCUGUGAGACUGUAUUAAAGAGGUAGUGGUAAAUGCUUUUAAGGUUGCUGUAUCUGCACACACCAGCUCACGAAACACUGAGGAAAAAGAGGAGAAAGGGAGGCAAGUGCCAAGGGAGAGAGUAAAAUGGAAGUGAUGCCGCAGGUUUGAGCACGGCUGAUGUUCUUGGACAGAGAUUAAAGAGUCUGUAUCAUCCUGUCAUUUCAUGGCCAGCAGCCUGCACAUACAAAUACAGCUCCUCGCGGAGACGCUCAUUCGUGGUCUGGACUUCUUGUUCUGGGAAGAAAACUGCAACUGGAACAGCUUGAGUCACUUCAGGGGCACAGACCAGGGAGAAGAAUUUAACCCAUGAGUGGUAAAGAUAAAGCGGAUUCUCUAAAUAUGUGUUUUUCCAUUCUGUCCUUUGACCCCACAGUUACAGCACAUGUAGUUGUAGAAAAAAAAAAGUCUUUUCCAUGAUGCUGUGCGUCACAGGAAAAGGACUCAGCCUGACGGGCUCCCAGGUGUUCAUCCAUCUCUCCUUAGUUACACAAGCAGCCACAUUUAUGAGCACUUAGAGCAAACAAUAAAAACCUGAAUACAACUGUUUGCCCUCGGCUGAAAGUCUAUAAUUGCCUUGUAAUAGAUAUUUCAGAUGACUGUUAAAGUGUCAUAAUCAACCUUCAUACACAACAUUAAUGCUGAUCACCUUCUUAAAGCAAAAAGCAACAAAAAGACUGCAUGAGGCCCAAAUCCAGACCCACAUAAACAAGUAAGACUUGAUGUUUUAAACCUCAGUCAGGUCGUAUAAAAUCGAAAUGAGAAAAGGGUGUGUUUGAGCAGCUAAUUGCUUGGAUUAAGGGAUGAUCACACACUGAACAGGGAUGAACAAAGUAGAUUCCAGCCAAUAUUACGUAAUAAGAAACAGGACAACAUCCCCUCCCAUUGGCUAAGUCAUCUCAGCCCGUGGUUACUGUGCAAACAGAAAAAAAAACCUGUUAGAAAGACGAUUACAACUCAGAACAGAGCCUUUCUGACAAUCAUGGGAGCAGUACAACAGUCCAUGUGACAACUAGAGAAUUACUAAGCUUUUGUUACUCUUUAUUUUUUCCUUCACUGACUUAAUGUCAGACAGCAACUUUUCUGUAGGUUACAAUUCUCUGAAGAGCUUCUAAAUGGACAUGAUGCCUGCUGUCGCGGUGAGCACUUAGCAUCAAGUAGCCCUGACUGCCUUUGAAGAGGACUGCCUGUUAGCAACCACUGGGAUGAAUUUGUCCACUGUUGCCUGCUUUCAAGAAUCAAAACAGGCAUAGAGUAACUGCUGCACUGACAUUUCUCCGGUUUUGACCCGAACUGCUCCUCCUUGGAUUACAAAAGACAUGCUGAUGCAGCGGAGGAAAAGCCGAUGGGCACAGACUGCUCUUUAAGCUCACAUUUCCAUAUUUUUCCUGAAUAAAACUGGAUAACGGCAUUGCGUGUGGAGAGAAAUUUUCAGAAAGGAAGAGUGCAAUAUCCAACCCUUCCUUCAGCAGCUCACCUUUUGUCAAACAGCUGGAAACAGUGAGAGAAGCAGCGUGAAAAACACAAAUUCAAGAGGGAUUCAAACCCCAACAGAAGCCAACUGAACUACUUGAUAAGUCUGAGUAUUUGGAAAUGCAAUUCUCAUUUACUGCUACAAAAAACAACUUACAAUGUACUUUCUCAUCUCUCUUUCUGUGAGCAUAAAGGCUGCAAAUGUCACUGACAAGCAGGAUGACCAGGGAGAUAUUAACUGCUUAACUAAUUGCUAUUAAAGUACCAGCUGUCUUAAUGGAGUGUAAUCAUGCCUGUUAAUGGAGUUUAAGACAUGAAUGGGAGCCAGCAGAUGAAUCACACAGAUACUGCAUUAGUUUUGAUGCUGAACAUUAACGGGACAUUAGAUUAAUUGCGCAGUAGACUUUUAUUGUGACUGCAUGGAGGCUUCAGAGCAGCAAAUAAACAACAGCGGUCUUUGGGAAAUGACCAGGACAGAUAACCUAAUGAAAGUCAUCGUGCCGAUCAUGGACGGGAUCAUUCUGGUGACCGGCCUCAUGGGUCAGACUCUGGUCAUCACCAUCCUUACCGGCAGGAGGAGAAAAGUAAGUCAACCCCCGCAUGGAACGGACACGCUGCUGCUGGCUCUGAGCGCCGCCGACCUGGUGCUGCUGCUCUGCCUGCCCUUUCACACCUCGGCCAUCACGCUGGGCUUCUGGCCCUUCGGCAGCUUCAUGUGCAAAGCCAUCAGUUUCCUGGGCGUGGCCUGCUCUUCUGCCUCCGUGUUCACCCUGGCUGCUCUGGCGGUGACGCGUUACCUCACAGUGGUACAUCCCACCUGGACCUACCGUUCGCGGAUGGACAGGCGCAUUAAGCUGACGGUGACUCUGCUCUGGAUCCCUGCUUCGGCUUUGGCAACACCGCAGUUUGCCUUCCGCACAAUCAGCACCUCCCAUGAGGCAUACUGCUUUGCCUUCCUGUCCAACUUCAGCCAGCUGGUCUACAGCAUCGCUCUGUUCCUCUUCGGUUUUGCUCUACCGCUGGGCAUAAUAGUGCUGAUGUAUGCAAAGAUCUACUGUUUUCUUAAACGUGCACGGCAGAUAGGGAACACAUCCCGACUGGAGCGCUACCAGACACAAGUUACUCACACUUCAGCUCUCCUGGUCCUGGUCUUCACUCUGCUGUGGCUGCCCUCCUACGCCCUCAUGUUCUCCUUUGUUGGAAGAUCUAGAGCGGGCUCACAUGGCCACCAAACCUUGGCCAUCCUAGCCAGGCUACUGGCAACCUCGGUGGCAGUGGUAAACCCUGUACUGUACGUCUUCAUGUCUCAGAAGUUUAGACGGGACUUAGUAGAGCUCGGCAGACAGCGAUGGACUUGGUGCAAAAGCUGUCUGACCGGUUGCCCUCAUGUGAUCAGCAGAGAUACCGUACGGCCCUUUGAGCUGGAAACAACCUCAGAGAGAGACCAAAACUGACUGACCAGAUGAAAACACUGCUACCUCAUUAUCUAAUUACUUUGAUAGAUAGACGGAUGGAAAGAUGUGGAAAUGUAAUGCAAGAUUACACAAAAAAUACUCAUUGUGAUGUUAAGUGCAAAAAUAAACUGAUUACCACUGUGAAUCAUUUCAUAGCAGUUUGUAAAAAAGCUUGUUUUUCCACAUUUGUUUUUCAUCCACUUAUGACAGAAUUUAUUCCAUUGGGAACAAAAUGAGUCAUGGAGGUUUUUAAUUACAAUUUGUGAGGAAUCAUUCUGUUGGACAGGAGAAUGUUGUAAAACAAUGAUGCAACACGAUAAUAUAAUCCUGUCCUGAUUAUACUAAAAGCUGAUAUAUGAUCACUUUGAUUCAGCGCUGGGUCUUAUCUGCGUGAACACACUCCCCUAACCUCUGCUGGAUUACCUCCAAAUGGAAUAAAUUCUGUAAUCGUUACAUGAAAAAGCUAAUGUGGAAAAACUAGCUAUUAUUUCUGCAGUCUGUUAAAACUCCUGAUCUCAAUGCAACAUCAAUAAAUACACAAACCCCUCUGCUUGUUUUCCUGUCUUGACUAUCAAAAGAACUAAUGUUUUGAAUAUUGUUUGCUAGGAGCAGCUUUGGUCCAGGGCUUUUAUAUGUGAUGUUUUUCUGGAUGGAGUUCAACAACCCACUUGUGAAUUAUUGAAAGAGAGCGGGAUUUAAAAGACACUUCAGUGUUGAUACAAGCAAAAAGCACUGUGUGUGCGUGUGUGUGUGUGUGUGUGUGUGUGUGUGGGCGCAAAGUGAGUCUUCUCAAGUGGCAGCCCUAAGUGAUGUCAAUCUCCACUAGUUGAGAAGCUGCAGCUGUGUGUUCAUUACAGCGGAUCCUCUUGGGUGCUUGUGUUGUCAAAAUGUGUGAUGAUGUCUGUUGACAGUGUCGAGGGGACGAGGGACAACAUUCAAUUAUUAAUGGAGAGGAUACAAGAGCGGGACAGCAGGGCAACACAGCUGAAAUAUAUGUACACAGAGCGGGGGAAAGGUUUAGAUGCAGCGACGGUGCAGUGACGGUGCAGUGACACGAAGCAAACAUAUAUGUCUGCUUGAGGUAAAGCGCUGAAAUGUGACUGAUGAC